AAAGGAUUUGAAGCGAAAUGCUUUCAGGGUCUUGUCAGAACGGCACUGAAAAUCCCGACGGUGAUAAUGCCAGCGCUGCACAGAUGCCCCAGAAAUAAAUAAGCGCUAGCAUUUAGGCACUGACAACAAGCAUUCCCCUGGUGUUUCCUUUGCUUGGCAAGCCACCAAGCCUUCCUGACAUCGUUUAAUUUGUGGGUCUCAUCCGGGCAAUUUUUAGAACAUGCCUUCUUCGCCGACGACAACCGACUCAUCUUGAACUCGAAGAACAGCGAAACGGUGAGAUGAACUCUGUCUUUCCAUGAGCUCCUUGUUACUGGUCCGUAUCCACCGUUGCUGUUCCGAAGAACAAGCAAAUUGCUUGGUUACUGAGGCGACCCAACACCGAGCCUUUGACGAGAUCUCUACUUUCUGAGUCGGCAAUUCCAGACAGCUCCUGCAACGCUCAGCGAUGGGAUGACAGAUACACAGCACGAAAGACAUGGAACUCAGCUGGCGCAUGAUACAGCAGCUGGUUGCCGAGUCGUUGAAAUAUCCGCCGUCGAGUUCAAGCUUAUAAGAUGCAGAACUGGAGGAUAGGGUAACAAUAAACCAAGGGCGUGUGGCCCAGUGGUAAGACAUCUCAGUCGCAAAAAGUUCGUUGCCUCGAAGCUGUUACAAGACAGGUGAAAGGGUUCCAAUGCUCAAGUAUGCUCCAUGAGAAGAUCCCAGGUUCGAAUCCUGGUACGUCCAGUAAUUUUUGCGUUUAUUUGUUUUUUUUUUUGCUCGAAAGCUUCGUCAGCUGUUUGCCGGGGUAGAUGACAGCUGGUUGUCUGUUGGGAAACAACAGGCCUUGGUAGGCAAGGUGGGUGUUCCCGUCAUGACAUGGGAAGUCGGCUGUUAACAGUAAUUGCCACGGUACCCUCAAUCCAGUCUGGCCACACGAGAUGCCGGUGAAACGGCGCGGAAGAGGGCAUCUCAUGACGGCCAGCCCGCCUACCAGAUCAAAGACCACGGAUCACCAUGAACCAUCUGCAACAACUUGCCUGGAUGUCCCACGUCAUCUUUCCCACGUGGGAAGUCUAGACAUACUCCUUCUACCGGAGAACCUUUCGGAUGCCGACGAGGCUUCGGUUGCAACAUGUGAAUUGGAGAUCACUGAGGCUCGAUCGAUAUCAAGUAGUGAUGACGAGACCCAACACGUCAAGACAGCUAACAUUUUCCUCGAGGGGACAGUGACCGGGAACAGCCUCACGCAUACCCCAGAUAUAGAACUGCAAGUCAAUCUUACAGGGUCGGAGAACGAUAACGGCUGUGAGAGCAUUGAGGCCUGUUCUCCAGUGCAAGUGUGUGAAGAAGAUAUUGAGCUACAGGAUUUCACAGGGCCACAUAGCGGAACCGGGAGCACAGAUCACCUUACUGCACCCCCAGAUCUACCAGCGCCUGCAAUCUCUCCCCUUGAUGCGCAGCAUCAGAGCCCUUCUGCCUCUAGUCCUGAUGGCCAGUCACAACCCGAGAGAUCUCUCCCCAACUACAAGCCAAUCGCUUUGACAUGGCCAUUCCAGGUCUUCCUCCUGGCCAUUGUUAUUGGCAUGUUUGCGUUUCUGGAAUAUCAAAUCCACGACCUACCACCCCUCCGCUACAAGGCUCUUCAAAUGGGUCAGCAAGAAAUUGCUGACUCAAGAGAUGCCCUGCUCACCACAAGCACGGUUGUCUUCUCCUCACUCAAUACACUGUCUAUCGAAGCCAAACCACUUCCUCGAAGCCCACUGGUGGCACCUACUCCCGCCACUCUAGUCAGACUGGAGCCAACUGUCGACGCCCGUGACAGUCCUGAGCCAACCCCGAAACUAAGGAUAAUGGUCCCGAGACCUCACAAGACCCUUUAUCCUUCCCCUCAGCCGCCCGUGACUGCGUUCUGUGGCUGGGGUCGUCCGUAUUGGAACAUGUCCGAGUAUCAAUACUACAACCUUUGGGACACCGUCGUUCUCUCCCAGUGGUAUGUAGCCCUGGAAGAAUUGAUCCCAGUGUUCACCACCACGGACCCUUCUUGGUGUCCAUGCACGGUGAGUGCUGGGUACGAAGGAAACUGGCCCUGGGGCUGGCCCGACUGGCCAAUGUGGGACACCCACGACGAAGGCUGCAAGUCGGUGAUGAAUGCUAUUUGCUCGUUCAACUAUUACAAAGUCCACACUUGGAGUCCAAAAGGGCCGUCAGGGUAUCAAUUUCGGACCGAUCUGGCCCUGGUCUCCAGCAGAAAGGAGAGAGGCAUGUAUGGAAUUCCCCUUUCGCACCGCGCCUUGGAUCCUAUGACAACUCCGCCGUCAUCACAUAGCGCCUUCUGGGGGUAUCCCCUCACCGAUUCGGACAGCAACAUCAUGUUUCCGCUAGAAGUACGGACAGCAAGGCUCGAGCAGCAGGACGUAUUCGGCAAUAAGGUGGGAGGGGAUGAGAUUGCGUCUUUUCCAGUGAACUACCGCUGGAUGGCCAACACGCUGCUAAGCACUGAAAUUUCACAUGGGGUCACCCCAUGCAGCACGGAUAUGAUGGAGGUUUGGUGGUAUCAGGAUCCUCUGGGGACUUGUACGGGGUCACCGUCAAGUUACGCGACUGUCUGGUGGACCCUCCCGUUUGGCAAGCCAGUCACCUCCGACAUAUCAGAGACGCAAUCGCACACUGCCAUCCCGGUCUAUUCCAGCCUGGGUAUAGACACCUCAAACAAUAUACAAACCCACAGCAACGAGCCCAAGCCCUCUGGAGCCAUCACAGAGCAGGAAGAGCCCUCGAAAAUAACCCUCAACGUCAUGACCACUACUGAGACUGUGACACCAUCUCCAGGGCCCACGAGCGGUCGUGGUCCUGAUGCAAAGCCGAUAUCGAGGACAGAAAACACCGAAAACACCGAAAACAAAUCAACGCAGUCCGCGUCAUCAGAAACGGAGAUUCAGGGGCCAGUCACUAUCUCUUCAACAAAGGGUGAAGUCACAUCUACCGGUAGUGUAACUCCAGCGCGAUUCGAUUCAACGCCACUUGCUCCUCACUCUGAGACAACUGCCUCGGUCAGUAGCGGUUACUCCUUAUCCAUUCCCCAAUUAUUCUUCACCGCCAGCAGUCUACAAGGCGAACAGGGCCAUUCUAGUGGAACGAACUUGUCUCCUCUGGUCUUUGUAAGCAACGCCGCGUCUGAACCAGAUAACUCCCUAUCCAAGUUGCCAAUGACCAUUCUCACAAAGUACGGAGAUAUUCUCCAUCAUGACGAAGUUAGCGCCACGAUUGUUCGAGCCAGCAGCGUUACCUUUGACUCUGCUCUGGAGACCACACCUAUGGUCUCAGCUGAAACUAGCAUUUCUCAGAUUCCAAAACAAGAUUCCAGGACAGCGUUUGACCUCGACAUUGUCUCGGUUUCGUCCGCGAUCUCAGCCAAAGAUCCUACCGCACACCCCUUAAGUCAUUUACUAUUGAUCCAGGAAGAGCAUACCACUAAGAAGGAGAUCAACAACACCAAUGAACCUAUCACACUAAACACCACCUCGCAAGAAGCCUCAACGCUCACCUCUGAUGCCUCUUCAACCAGCACCGACACCUCUCAACCACCUCCCAUUCCACCAAACCCACCUAUAGGCCCAAUUCCCCCAGAAGUCCGAGGAAACUUCUUCAACCUCCGCUCAGAAACCGACUACCUCAUGGCCUCCCUCAUUCCAGUCCUUCUGGCAACACUCCUGGGCAUCCCCGUCCAGAUCGCAGUCAGUUCCCUCAAUUCAAUGCUUCCCUUCAGGGCACUAGGUCAUGAAGCCGGAACACUGCCAGAAGACUCCCUCCAUUUGCCCUCCAAUAGCUGGCUAGCACCAUGGAUAGCAUGCAGAUUCCUGCACCGAUUCAAAGAUCCCCUCCCAUUUCUCAACGUGCUCCUUGGACUCCUAUCCACCAUUCUUAUCCCUCUAUCGGCCGAGACAAUCCGUCUGGAAUUCACCUCGAUCAACUGCAAGGUCUUCAGUCGGGUAUGUGCCUUUGGGUUGAGAAAGGCUGGAAUUCCCAUGCGAGCCGUGGAGGGUGUGUUGGUGGCUAUUGCUGUGCUUGUUAUCGCGAUCGGGGUUCUGCUCUCACGGUGGAAGAGUCGGGUUGCUACAGAGCCGUGGAGUAUUGCUUCCAUGGCUGGACUAUUGUCCGAUGCUGAAGUGAGGGGGUUGGUGCGGUCGUUGCCCGGGUGUACUGAAGGGGGAUAUCUAAGGGAUGAUCAGAUUGCCAGUGUUUUGACAGGGAGGCGGUACCGUUUGGGGUUCCUGGGAGAUGAUGAUUCAGAAUAUGGGAUUGUAGUCUAUCCGGCGAUAGAGGACGACUCACCGAUACAACCCACGGCAAAAGAACCCCCAACCCGCACACCUGUCUCUUCCACACCAAAGAAGAGAUUCUGGCACAUGAAACCAACCACAAAAGAGUUUCUCGCCCGGGCAACGACUCUACUCUUCGUCAUCGGCCUCCUGAUCCUCAUCCUCUAUUACGAAAACACCAUCCUCGACACACCCUUCGAACGGUUCAUGGACAGCCAAUCCUUCGGUGUCCGGAUUCUGUUCACCUCCUUCGGCACCAUUGUCAGCGGAUGCUGGGAUUACUUCUUCUCUCAAGUAUCCCACUCCUGCAUCCACCACCGCCUCUCCACCGCCCCCCAACUAGCCCGGACCUCCAUCCUCCUGUCCCCUCCUUCCAACAUCUUCACUGGUCUCUGGCAGUUCGCCCGCUCAAGAGAUGUCCUCUUCUUCAACAUCGCCUUUGCCGCCCUGCUGGCAAAGUUCACACCGAUUUUGUUCUCCAGCAUCCCGUUUCGGAAUACCGUUACCUGGAAGAUGCAUGAGGCGUGUACGUGGUUGGCUGUUGCAGUACUAAGCUAUAUGGUGAUUGUGCUUGUGGUGAUGGUGUAUCUUCGGUGGAAGCAGCCGCGGUGUUAUUUGCCGGUGAAGACCGAUACGAUGGUCGGGUGUAUGUACUACCUCGCCGAGUCUGAGAUGUUGAGUGAUUUUGAGGGGAUGGGAGUGUUGGGGAGGAAGGAGAGGGAUCGGUUGGUGAGUGAGAUGGGGAGGUUGUAUGAUUUGGGAGCAGUUAAGAGGGCGGGCGAGGUGGUAAGAGGUGAGGGUGGGAGGCUGGUUGUUGACUACUUUGUCGCUAAUUCUGGGGUUGAACGAAAGGGAGCGAGUUAG